AUGGCGACACGUGGUAUAAACCAAGUAUACGUGCAAGCCUGCAUAGUGCGGUGUGCGGAAGGUCGUGAUACACCAAGAAAAUCCUAUCCUAGAAGAAACUUGAGAAUAUCUAUUGAAUUCCUGAAACCAGUGACUUCUCCCAUUCCCGGUGUAGGCACCAAGCCGCGGUCCGGUAUUUUGGCAAAGCUUCAGAGGGAGGACGCGGGUUGGAGUCGAAGCAGAUUUGCCCCAAAACAGGAAGACGUGGGUUGGAGUCGAAGCAGAUUUGCCCCAAAACAGGAGGACGCGGGUUGGAGGCGAAGCAGAUUUGCCCCAAAACAGGAAGACGUGGGUUGGAGUCGAAGCAGAUUUGCCCCAAAACAGGAGGACGCGGGUUGGAGUCGAAGCAGAUUUGCCCCAAAACAGGAGGACGCGGGUUGGAGUCGAAGCAGAUUUGCCCAAAACAGGAGGACAUGGAUUGUAGUCGAAGCAGAUUUGCCCCAAAACAGGAGGACGUGGGUUGGAGUCGAAGCAGAUUUGCCCCAAAACAGGAGGACGUGGGUUGGAGUCGAAGCAGAUUUGCCCCAAAACAGGAGGACGCGGGUUGGAGUCGAAGCAGAUUUGCCCCAAAAUAUGAAGACGUGGAUUGGAGUCGAAGCAGAUUUGCCCCAAAACAGGAGGACGUGGGUUGGAGUCGAAGCAGAUUUGCCCCAAAAUAUGAAGACGUGGGUUGGAGUCGAAGCAGGUGGGUUUCAAGAGUCCUGUGAAAGAAAAACAAGGUUAACGGAGAUUGCCCAACAGGAGGGACGCGGGUUGGAGUCGAAGCAGAUUUGCCCCAAAAAGGAGGACGCGGGGUUUGGAGUCGAAGCAGAUUUGCCCCAAAACAGGAGGACGCGGGUUGGAGUCGAAGCAGAUUUGCCCCAAAAAAGGAGGACGUGGGUUGGAGUCGAAGCAGAUUUGCCCCAAAACAGGAGGACGCGGGUUGGAGUCGAAGCAGAUUUGCCCCAAAAAAAGGAGGACGCGGGUUGGAGUCGAAUCAGAUUUGCCCCAAACAGGAGGACCGGGUUGGAUGAAGCAGAUUCCCCAAAACAGGAGAACGCGGGUUUGGGUCGAAGCAGAUUUGCCCCAAAACAGGAGAACCGGGGGUUUGGGGUCGAAGCAGAUUUGCCCCAAAACAGGAGGACGCGGGUUGGAGUCGAAGCAGAUUUGCCCCAAAACAGGAGGACGCUGGGUUGGAGUCGAAGCAGAUUUGCCCCAAAACAGGAGAACGUGGGUUGGAGUCGAAGCAGAUUUGCCCCAAAACAGGAGGACGUGGGUUGGAGUCGAAGCAGAUUUGCCCCAAAACAGGAGGACGCGGGUUGGAGUCGAAGCAGAUUUGCCCCAAAACAGGAGAACGUGGGUUGGAGUCGAAGCAGAUUUGCCCCAAAACAGGAGAACGCGGGUUGGAGUCAAAGCAGAUUUGCCCCAAAACAGAAAGACGUGGGUUGGAGUCGAAGCAGAUUUGCCCCAAAACAGGAGGACGUGGGUUGGAGUCGAAGCAGAUUUGCCCCAAAACAGAGAACGUGGUGUUGGAUGUCGAAGCAAUUUGCCCAAAACAGUGAGACGUGGUUGGAGUCGAAGCAGAUUGCCCAAAAACAGGAGGACGAGGGUUGGAGUCGAAGCAGCUGUGGGCAAGAUACAUUCAGGUUAUGCAACAGCGACCUGGUGCAAUCGCGUUUUCAACAUCAGAAAGUAUCAGGGGACAAUAGUUGA